GUCAGUCUUUGGUCGGUGUGCCACCGCUGCCGAGGAGCGCGCGCGAUUUCCAUUAUAAUAUAUUUUUUUCCUUGUUUCUAUCCCCGUCCGAUUUUAUUCGCCCGCGUCGCGCGACCAGUUCACGUCCGUCGACCGUUCGGUCUCGUCUGUUCAUCGUUGUGUUAUCGCCGUCGCCAUUUGCCGGUCGUAUACAAAAUAUCGUUUUUCGUUUUUCUCGAUCGGUAGUUUUCGUUUUGUUUUUCUAAUUCCAUCGCCUGGUUUUUCGUUAUAUUUGACUCUCCGUGCCCAACGAUUCUCCGUUCGCAAUAAGUGUCGCCGAACUACAGAAAAACUCCCGGCGAACUUUUGGCGGAUUACAUUUUGUAUGAAUCAAGAAUAAUCAAAUUUUAGUCAUUAAAUGUCAUAGGCCAGUCAUGAGGGAACAACUACGGCUGGAGUCGCUCACGACCUCCCCGCGCACGUCUCGGCCACCGCCGCCGCUACCGUCGUCGUCGUCGUCCGACCACCACUGAUAGCUGGUAUCGCACUCUGCCGUCACACAUUAACGCGCCCGACGCCCGCACCACCGCCCGUGCCCGUCCCGUGACAUCCACCACAACAGCAGUAAGGCACCGCAACAACCACUAACACCGCACAAAUCACCAUACCCACCGCCCGACGAUGAAAAUCGCUUCAUACCUGUACCGCCGCAAGUCAGCACUGCUCAAGGGCCUGGUGCUCGGAUGCACCGUCUGGCUGACGGUCACCGUGUUGCUUUUUAUGGAAGACAGGCGCAUCACGCCCGCAUCCAACGACCCGUCCGCGGCCGGUGGCUACCAGCAACAGCAACCGAUCGCGGCGGCACAGCGGCGUCUGCCCGAAGAUUUGGACGCCGACAACCGGUUGCUGGACGACGAGUUCCCGCUGGAAGGUGGCGUGGAACAGCAACCGGCUGCUCCAGUGAUCGUCCAGCAGCAGGCCGGCGCCGCUGGGCUUCAGAACGGUGAAGGGGUUCUGCCGCAGCCCAACAGGGGGGGCGUAAAUGACGAGGAACGCGGCCGAAAAGUCUAUGGGGAGAUGGGUAAGCCGGUCGUGCUGCCCGCCAACCUGACGGCCGACGUCAAGAAGCUCGUCGACGAAGGCUGGAAGAACAACGCGUUCAACCAGUACGCCAGUGAUCUCAUAUCGCUGCACAGAACGUUGCCCGACCCUAGGGACGAAUGGUGCAAAAAACCAGGCAGAUAUUUGGACAACCUACCACAGACAUCUGUGAUCGUGUGUUUUCACAACGAGGCAUGGUCAGUUUUGCUGCGAACUGUGCAUUCCAUACUGGAUAGAUCGCCGGAACAUCUUAUUCGGGAAAUCAUUCUAGUCGACGACUUCUCUGACAUGCCCCAUCUCAAAACUCAGCUUGAGGAGUACUCGGAAAACUAUCCAAAAAUUAAAAUCGUUCGCGCCAAAAAAAGAGAAGGACUUAUAAGAGCCAGGCUGAUGGGUGCGAGGUACGCAUCCGCACCCGUUCUCACUUAUCUCGACUCGCAUUGCGAGUGUACCGAAGGAUGGCUUGAGCCAUUAUUGGAUCGGAUUGCCCGAGAAGCGUCUACCGUCGUGUGUCCGGUGAUCGACGUAAUCGACGACUCGACGCUGGAGUUCCAUUACAGAGACGCCGGUGGCGUGAACGUCGGAGGAUUCGAUUGGAACUUGCAGUUCAAUUGGCAUGUUGUACCAGACAAAGAAAAAAAGCGACACAAAAACGCUGCGGAACCGGUGUGGUCACCAACGAUGGCCGGCGGCCUUUUUGCAAUCGACAAAAAGUUCUUCGAGCGACUCGGUACUUACGAUAGUGGCUUCGAUAUAUGGGGAGGUGAAAACUUAGAACUAUCAUUCAAGACAUGGAUGUGUGGUGGUACUUUGGAGAUAGUGCCGUGUUCGCACGUCGGUCAUAUAUUCAGAAAGAGAUCGCCGUACAAGUGGCGAACGGGCGUCAACGUUUUGAAGAAGAACUCCAUCCGUCUAGCCGAAGUGUGGAUGGACGAUUACGCCAAGUACUAUUACGAACGGAUCGGCAACGAUCUGGGUGAUUACGGUGACAUAACGUCUCGCAAAGAUCUGAGAAGAAAGUUGAAGUGCAAGUCGUUCAAAUGGUAUUUGGAGAACAUAUACCCAGAACUUUUCAUACCAGGCGAUGCCGUGGCGUCUGGAGAGGUGCGCAAUUUAGGAUAUGGCAACAAAACUUGUCUGGACUCACCUGCCAGAAAGACCGACCUCAACAAACCUGCCGGACUGUAUCCCUGUCACAAAAUGGGUGGCAAUCAGUACUGGAUGCUCAGUAAGAUCGGAGAAAUCAGGAGAGACGAGUCGUGCUUGGACUACGCUGGUAACGACGUAAUCUUAUAUCCAUGCCACGGAUCUAAGGGCAACCAGUAUUGGAACUACGACCAUAAAACUAAACAGCUACGGCAUGGUAGCAGUAGAAAGUGUCUGACCAUCAAUAGCUCCAAAGACAAGCUGCUCAUGGAAGAAUGUGACUUGAUGUUGCCCAAACAAAUGUGGCAGUUUGAAAACUUUAACGCGACGUUGGCCACUGAGGACAGUCACAUGAGGCAUUAAAGACUUCAACGAAAAAAUUAUAAUAGAAUUACUUCCUAUAUUAUUAUUAUUAUUAUUUUGUUUUAUAUUAUUUUUUUUUCGUUUUGAUCAAAAUUUUUCCCAUUACAAAACUUCCACGCUCCGUCGAUGGUCGUUUUGUUUUUACGAUUAUUAUUAACAUGUAUACCUUUGUUCGAACAAAACGAAACGUUGUCGCGCUCAAACAAAUCCAGCGACUUGUACAUAACGCGUUCUUUUUUAUGUAAACUAUAUAUUGUCAUUUGAAUAAUUAUUAUCUCUAUGUAUUAUAUACUAUAUUAUGAUUGUACUUAAACAGUAUUGCGGCUAUACGACGAACAAAACAUUCCAUCGUGACAUUUCCAAUUUUUUUUUUUAAUUUUGUCCAAAUUAUUUUUUGUUUAUAAGAAAUUCGUGUUGAUUAUUAUUAUUUUCAGUGUACAUAAAUUAUGUCUAUGUAACGUACGUGUUAUAUUAUGGUGUAAUUAUUAUUUUAUAUAUAAUAUUAUAAGCUCUAUUCGCGAGUACACCUUCUCCGGAACGCGAACAAAGAUUAUACGAACGAUUAUUAUACUAUUAUGUAUUACUAUUUGAACAUAUAUAUAAUUAUUCCUUUUAAUUGUUAUUUAUAUUUAAUAAAAAUUGAUAAAAUAUAAUUGAACA